AUGAUGUUUCUAGCUACUUCCAUUGUCACCACAAUUGCAUUACUUAUGCUCUUCCUCCUUCCAAAAUCCUAUUCUUCUGAAAUCACAAAAUCUAAUUCCUCACUCCCAGAGGUUGAUAUUGAUCUUUUGGAAUUUCCUCUAAACUUAGAGUACCUUGAAGCUGAAUUCUUCUUGUAUGGCGCUUUGGGUUAUGGCCUGGAUAAAUUUGCCCCAAAUUUAACCUUGGGAGGUCCAACACCCAUCGGCGGUAAACGUGCAAAUCUAGGCCCCUUUACUAGAGAUGUCAUUAAGCAAUUUGCUCUCCAAGAAGUUGGGCACCUAAGGGCGAUUCAAAGUACAGUUAAAGGAUUCCCAAGGCCAUUGUUGAAUUUGAGUGCUGAAUCAUUUGCUAAGGUGGUGGAUAGCGCAUUUGAAACACAAUUGGUCCCUAGUUUUGACCCUUACAGAAAUGGCCUUAACUUUCUCCUUGCAUCCUAUCUUAUUCCCUAUGUUGGGCUCACGGGGUAUGUUGGAGCAAGCGCCAAACUCCAAGAUCCUAAGUCUAAGAGGCUUGUUGCUGGCCUUUUGGGUGUGGAAUCAGGCCAAGAUGCAGUUAUUCGUGCAUUGCUAUAUAGGUACAAAAAUAUCAAGGUUAAGCCAUACAGGAAAACUGUUGCAGAGUUUACGAACCGCUUUUCACAGCUCAGGGAUAAGCUAGGAAAUGCAGGUGUAAAAGAUGAAGGCCUUGUGGUUCCUAAGGAUGAGGGCGCUGAGGGAUUAAUUACAGGCAAUGUGCUUGCUGGGGACAAAUACUCAGUUGCAUAUGACAGAACUCCCGAGGAGAUAUUGAGGAUUGUAUAUGGGAGUGGCGAUGAGCGCAAACCUGGGGGUUUCUAUCCAAAGGGAGCUGAUGGUCGUAUUGCCAAAUCUCAUUUGUCUAAAGCUUAA